AUGAACCUCAAAUUCCUCCCUAUCCUCCUAGCCUCAGCUUCCUUCGUCGCCGCAUCGCCGAGCGAUGCUACUGCCGCUGCUGCCCCGGCAGCCACAACAGCCAGUACGGGGGAUACAGCGCAGUGCGCGAAGAGUAUCCUAGACGCAUGCCUCAAACAACUCCAACCGCAGAUGAGCGCCUGCGCCCAGAACGACUGGGACUGUCUGUGCACGCAGAGUCAGAAUGUUCUCACAUGCUACAACGUCUGCCCCUCCGAUCCGGGCCACUACUCCGUCACGCAGCAGCAGGUCUCGUACUGUAACGCGGCGCAGGCGAAUUCGCUGCUGUAUUCGACUUCGACCAAGGUGACGCGGACGUCCUCCUCGUCGGCGACGGCGGUGGCGACCAAGACGACGGAUGGAAUGAAGACUACGGCGUCGGCGACGGCGACGGGGACGGCGAAGGAGUCUUCUGGGGCGGCGGUGGCGGUUGGGGUUCCUGGUUUGGUGGGGGGUUUGGAGGUCGGGGUUCUUGGGGUUAUGGCUCUGGGUUUGGGGGUUUGGGGGUUGUAA